CAACGGUAUUGCACAAAGCAAAAGCACAACAAAACAUACACUAAUACUGAGGUCUACUGCAGUCUUCUAGACUUUAAGUUACACAAUGAGGACCACAAAUCUACAGAUCAAGACAUGGAUUUGUAUAUACUUCAUGUUGAUCCUAAUGACAAGUCAAAUUCUGACCUUUAAUAUUUUUUGGACAAAGUCUAAGAAGCAUCAGGACAUAACCAGGGAUGCAAUUUUACAGACGACAGCUGAUAUCUGCAGAUUGCAAGCCCUCCAGAUAGGAAGAAGUUUUGUUCAGCAAGGUGAACUGACAGUAAACUCAGUAGCAGCAAGCUGUCACUCAUCUGAUUCAGCCAAAGAUUUUCAAAAGAGCAUUGAUAAGAUAAAUAAACACAAUGCCCAGAUUGACUAUAAAUAUGUUUUUAAGGCAAGAUACCAUUUUGACAAUGAGGAGUUUUUGGCUGGACGGGAUCUUAUUACUGAAAGAGUUUCUGUUGUCAAAUCCAGUAUCAAGCAACAGAGCUAUCAAGCUGCCAGAGAGGCGCUUGGUGAAGUCCUACACACUUUGCAGGAUUUCUACAGUCAUAGUAACUGGAUUGAAAUGGGAAAAACAGAACCAUAUUCUAACCUGAUUAAACCUGAAACCCCAAUUAACAACAUAGCAGAGUCAAAAACCUGCAGGAGUUGUACUGGGAAAGACUGUAAAAAUAACAUCCUGGAAGAGGUCAUUGCACAGCAGAAACUAACAUCAGGAUAUUUUGGCAUCUCCAAACCUAAAGGAAAAUGCAGUCAUGGAGGAAUAUUUGAUCCAUCAAGUUGGAGGGAUGGUGGCAUAAAUAAGGAUACUGCAGACUCUAGCCACGGUCAUCUACAUGAAGCAGCAGCAUUAGUAGCCACUGCUGCUACCAGAGAACUACUGCAAGACAUCAGAGCAGCAGUUGGAGAUACUGAGUUUCUUAGACUCAUGGGAUUCAGCCAGACUUCAGUGUUGUCUUUUGUCAUAGACACCACAAGUGACAUGUCAAAAGACAUUGAGGAAGUCAGGAGAGUUACAUCAUUCAUCAUUGACAGUAAAACUGGCACAGCAGCUCAACGUUCAGAAUACAUCCUCGUACCAUUUAAUGACCCUGAUUAUGGCCCACAUUCAAGAACAACUGAUCCUGAUCUAUUUAAAAAGCAACUUAAUGCACUUAGAGCUGAAGGUGGAGGAGAUGCUCCUGAAAUGUGUCUCUCAGGACUGCAGCUGGCACUUACUAGUUCUCCAGCGCAAUCUCAGAUUUUUGUUUUCACGGAUGCUGAUGCAAAAGAUAAAGGGUUGAGAAAUACUAUACGGGCCCUUAUUGAAAGAACAAAGUCUGUUGUGAACUUUAUACAAACUACAGCCAUUAGUUCGCAGCAAGUUUCGUCUCAAGUCUACCAUGACCUGGCUCUGGCCUCUGGAGGGCUUGCUAUUGAGGUGACCAAAGGAGCAUUGUCCCAAGCUACGAAAAUUAUUGCAGAUACCUCCAGAUCCACACUGGUCACUCUAUUUCAGGCUGCAAGAAACCCAGCAAAAGCUGAAAAAUUCUCAGCCUUUGUGGAUACAUCUGUGCAAAACCUGACAAUUUUCAUUACAGGCAACUCUCCAGAAUACACCAUCACCUGUCCCUCAGGAGUCUCGCAAAGCAGCACUGAACUGAAUGGUGCUUUGGGAAUUAUUCAGAAAGUUGGUAAUUUCCACACAGUACAACCAAAUAUUACAGGCCAGGUUGGAUGGUGGGUUUUCAAUAUGAAAUCAACACAGCCCUACAGCAUCAAAGUUGUUGGUCAAAGCGAGGUUGAUUUCCUUUUUGACUUUGUAGAACUUUCAGAAACAAGCUAUGCUGUACUAAACAGCCGACCUGCAGCAAACACCAAUGUCACCCUGCUGGUCUUCAUGGUCGGUGGGGAUAGUGUGAGGCCUACAGAGGUGUCUCUGCUCGAAGCCUCAAGCUUAAACUUUUAUAAUGGGUCACUAGAAGAGGUAGCUGUAGGGCAGUAUUUAGUGACCUUCAGCAGCAUCCCAGCAGGAGAGUUUACUGUUCAUGUUGUUGGAGAGAUUAGUUCCUCUAGAUUUUCAAAUAACAACUUUCAGAGACAGUCACCAACUCGGUUCAAAACAUCGACUGUAACCAUUACUACUCAACCUGUUGAGGCAAUAGAACCUGGAAAACAAUUCACUCUGCCUUUCACAGUUUCAACCCAGGGCUCUGGAGGAAGCAUUAAAAUCAGUGUCAGCAAUGAUCGAAAUUUUAAGACUUUCUUUAACACAUUCAUAGCUCUGGAGAGUGGGGGCAGUGCAAAUGACACAGUAACUCUGACUGUUCCUGAAAAUACUCCCUCUGGUUCUGAUGUCACUGUGACAAUUGAAGCUGAAGCCCCAGAUGGAAGUGACUUCAACUACGCUGUGCUGCGUCUUGCUGUCAUUGCUCCGGUAACAGAUAUUACUCGUCCAUUAUGUGCGGCAGUUAGCAUAAAUGAUGACUGCUCAGGCAGCUGCAGUCUCUCCUCCUGGUACCUCACUGUCAACAUGACUGAUGGGUCAGGUAUUCAAAGUGUGAGAGUCCUCCAGGGAAACGGCACACUCAACACCACAACUGUGCUCAGUGACACAGGGAUAAAUGUCACAAUGGUAGACUACAGCUCCUCUUGCUGUUUCCAAGAGUUGGAACUGGUUGCUGUGGAUGCAGUGGGAAAUGUUGCCACCUGCUUUAAAUCUCUGACAGCUACAGCAGCAUCAAGCAUCCUCACUUAUGGUGCAAAUUGUUUCUUGAUUUUACCAGUUUGCCUUUGGAUUAAUAUAGGAUCCUCACUCUACCAAUUCCUGCAGCCCUAAAAACCUGAAUAUGAAUAAAAUCAGCAUAUUUUGGCUUAUUUUAUAUAAUACCUGUUCAGUACUGCGUUCAUACAUGAAGCGGUAAAUGCUUUUAAGUUUAUUAAAAAAAGAGAUAUCAAAAGGCAUUUUUGUACAAGUUUAAAAUAUGAAUACAUUUUAAAU